AUGACAAAGAAAAUAGGAUACCGAGACUGGAGAUGGCAGGCUCUUUGGUGGCAUCAUUUCUUUCUCUUGUGGACUACAAUAGACGGACAGAUUCGUUACAGCAUCCCGGAGGAACUAAAACAGGGCUCUGUGGUAGGAAAUCUAGCCAAAGAUCUGGGUUUAGGAUUAUCUGACAUUUUUGAUCGUAAACUGCGAGUCGCCUCUGAGGCUGGUGAGCAGUAUUUCAGUGUGGAUGCGGGGAAGGGCGAGCUGGUGGUGAAUGACAGAAUAGACAGAGAGGCUUUAUGUGGACAAAGCGCCAGCUGUGUUCUACCUCUCCAAGUAGUUGCUGAAAAUCCUUUGCAGUCUCAUCGAAUUGAAAUAGAAAUAAGAGACAUAAAUGACAAUUCACCACAUUUUCUUACACAGGAGAUAAACCUUAAAAUACCAGAAUCAGUUGCGCUUGGCAAACGCUUUCCUUUGGAGAGCGCAGAGGACCCAGAUGUUGGAAGCAAUUCUUUGAAAACCUACUCUCUAAGCAAAAACGAUUAUUUUUCUCUCAAAUUUAAAGACACAAAAAACGGAAAAGCCGUCCCAGAAUUAGUGUUAGAAAAGCCAUUAGACCGAGAAAAGAAUGCUCUUCAUCAGCUGCUGUUAACAGCAUUAGAUGGAGGAAACCCAGUCACCUCGGGAACGUGUAAGAUCACUAUCACUGUACUUGAUAUAAACGACAAUUUUCCAGUGUUCGAUGAAAAUGAAUACAAAGUCUCUUUAAAGGAGAACAGCACCAAAGGAACAUUUGUUAUUAAACUUACAGCUGCAGAUGCUGACGAUGGUCUUAAUGGUGAAGUUAAAUAUGCUUUUGGGUCCCGCACUCCAGACUUUGUGUUAUCAACAUUUGAAAUCAACGACAUGACAGGUGAAAUUGUAUUAAAAGGAAUAUUAGAUUAUGAAAGCUAUAGAUCAUAUCUUAUCGAUAUAACUGCUAAAGAUAAAGGCGUCCCCGAAAUGGAGGGUCACUGUCGUGUACAGCUGGACGUAGAGGACAUAAACGAUAACGCUCCAGAAAUUGUGCUCACUUCAAAACCCAGUCCAGUACGCGAGGACGCGCCAAGUGACACAGUUGUGGCUUUAAUCAGUGCACGAGACCUCGAUUCCGCUAAUAACGGUAAAGUGAAACUACAGCUGCCCAAACAUUCUCCUUUCACUCUUAAACCAUCAUUUUCUAAUAAUUAUGAACUGGUUACCAGUGGUCCUUUAGACAGAGAGAGUUUCGCAGAGUAUAAUGUCGAGAUAACUGCCACUGAUUCAGGCUCUCCUCCUCUGUCCAGUAAAAAAACUAUACCAGUCAGCAUCACUGAUGUGAAUGACAACCCUCCUGUAUUCACUCAGCCCUCCUACAAUGUAUAUUUAAAAGAGAAUGGGGUACCAGGAUCUAUACUGUACUCAGUAUCAGCCUCUGACCUGGAUUUUGGUGAAAAUGCUAAAAUCUCUUACUCUAUACUGGACUCUAAAGUGCAGGACGUUUCUGCCUCGUCGUAUGUUUACAUUAACUCAGAUAACGGCAGCAUCUACAGCAUGCACUCGUUUGACUAUGAGAAACUGAAGGUGUUUCAGAUUCAGGUUCAGGCAAAGGAUCAGGGCUCUCCGUCUCUCAGCAGCAACGCCACUGUCCAUGUUUUUAUCCUGGACCAGAACGACAACGCCCCCGUUGUUAUUUACCCCUCCUCCGCUGCCCUGGGCUCCCUCUCUCAUCAGAGGAUGCCCCGCUCCGCUAAAGCGGGUCACCUGAGGAUGCCCCGCUCCGCUAAAGCGGGUCACCUGGUUACUAAGGUGACGGCCGUGGACGCUGACUCGGGCCAUAACGCCUGGAUCUCCUACAAACUGGCGGAGGCCACAGACGCCUCUCUGUUCACUGUCAAUCUGUACACAGGGGAGGUGAGGACUAAACGCGCUGUGUCCGAGCAGGACGACUCCUCUCAGAGGCUGCUUAUAGAGAUCAGGGACGACGGGGAACCGGUCCAGUCCUCCACCGUCACGGUGUCCAUCCUGCUGGAGGACGGUCUCCAUGAGCCCAUCUUAGACCUCCGACAGAAAGCGGCCGAGCCCAGCAAGAAAACUGGGAGAAUCACCCUUUAUUUGAUUCUGUCUCUGGCCUCGGUGUCCGUGCUGUCUCUGUUGACUUUUCUCAUCUUAGCGGUUAAAUGCGUCAGGAGCAGCAGAAGCAGCGGUAGCUGCUGCAUGAGACGGACCGACUGUGAUGAUUACAAGAACCCCAACAGAAACCUGCAGAUUCAGCUCAACACUGAUGGACCUAUAAAGUACGUGGAGGUCCUGGGAGGAGACAUGUUGUCUCAGAGUCAGUCCUUCAGGUCCUGUAUGUCUCCAAUGUCAGAGUACAGUGAUUUCACUCUGAUUAAGCCCAGCAGCACCACUGACUUUAAGGAGGUGAUCAGUGUCCUGGAUGCGUCUUUACCCGACAGCACCUGGACCUUUGAGAGCCAGCAGCCAAAGCCAGUACGCGAAGAUGCACCAAGUGGCACCGUAGUGGCUUUGAUCAGUGCACGAGACCUUGACUCUGCCGAUAACGGCAGAGACGUUUCUGCCUCGUCGUAUGUUUACAUUAACUCAGAUAACGGCAGCAUCUACAGCAUGCAGUCGUUUGACUAUGAGAAACUGAAGGUGUUUCAGAUUCAGGUUCAGGCAAAGGAUCAGGGCUCUCCGUCUCUCAGCAGCAAUGCCACUGUCCAUGUUUUUAUCCUGGACCGGAACGACAACGCCCCCGCUGUUAUUUACCCCUCCUCCGCUGCCCUGGGCUCCCUCUCUCAUCAGAGGAUGCCCCGCUCCGCUAAAGCGGGUCACCUGGUUACUAAGGUGACGGCCGUGGACGCUGACUCGGGCCAUAACGCCUGGAUCUCCUACAAACUGGCGGAGGCCACAGACGCCUCUCUGUUCACUGUCAAUCUGUACACAGGGGAGGUGAGGACUAAACGCGCUGUGUCCGAGCAGGACGACUCCUCUCAGAGGCUGCUUAUAGAGAUCAGGGACGACGGGGAACCGGUCCAGUCCUCCACCGUCACGGUGUCCAUCCUGCUGGAGGACGGUCUCCAUGAGCCCAUCUUAGACCUCCGACAGAAAGCGGCCGAGCCCAGCAAGAAAACUGGGAGAAUCACCCUUUAUUUGAUUCUGUCUCUGGCCUCGGUGUCCGUGCUGUCUCUGUUGACUUUUCUCAUCUUAGCGGUUAAAUGCGUCAGGAGCAGCAGAAGCAGCGGUAGCUGCUGCAUGAGACGGUCCGACUGUGAUGAUUACAAGAACCCCAACAGAAACCUGCAGAUUCAGCUCAAUACUGAUGGACCUAUAAAGUACGUGGAGGUCCUGGGAGGAGACAUGUUGUCUCAGAGUCAGUCCUUCAGGUCCUGCAUGUCUCCAAUGUCAGAGUACAGUGAUUUCACACUCAUUAAGCCCAGCAGCACCACUGACUUUAAGGAGGUGAUCAGUGUCCUGGAUGCGUCUUUACCCGACAGCACCUGGACCUUUGAGAGCCAGCAGAACGACUAA